CCCCUGCUCUCUAACGAUGGGACUCCACGUUGGCAGUACGUACCUCAAGACUCUGGUUCCAUCUCAGGUUCUCUCCUCUCCUUCUCCUCUCCUGCUUUUUCGCACUGGCUGCAUUUGCUUUGCAUCCUCUCUGCAUCGCUCUCGCAUACUCCGUACACACACCUACUAAACACACGCAUACUGGCACACAUAACAAGUACUGUAUACACAACAUACACACAGCGACCACAGAGAGAAACAGACGAAUAACCGUACCUCUCUAUUUGACGGCUGCCUUCUCUACCGCUCUUUCUCUCCCCUCUCCAAUCUCCUCCUGAGCUGUUGAACAAAGUCCCUGGGUUCCCCCGUUUCCCGCCCUGCCACCCCACCAUCCUUCAUUCACAUCGCACAACUCGGGGUUCCCUCUCUUCCUCAUAAUUGAUGCUCCCUCUUCCAUCGUGUCUCGUCUUUCUCUGUUCUUUGUGCAUCAUAACGUAGCCGUUGGUUGCCCCCCUCUCCACCAUCUUCCGAAGCAUCCUCCGAAGCAGAUACACAUCUGUGCCUCUGUCUUCUUGCAGAAUCAUCCAUCUGCCUAUAUCCGUACACCUCGCCACAAACCUCCAUACGGCACAACAUCCGCGCCAUACCUCACAGAUACACGGUAGUCUUUGUUUGAGACCCUCGAUCCAGCCGUUGAGAUCGAAAACACUACAAGUCUUCCCCCCUGCCGACUUUCCCCCCUCAGACUCCAGAGUAGCAUCAAGCCGCCUCACCUCGACAAACAAGCCGCCGCCGAAAUUCUCCUCUUCACCUUUCCCUCCCAGCGCUAGCGGCUUCUGUUAGUGCCCUUGAGUCCUUGACCCCCAACCUGGACGCCAAGCAUACGAAGGCAUAGAAACGGUACAUCCAUCCACUUGGCCGCAUUUCACACAUGAGCGACACCGACCUAACUCUCUUCUGAUCCUCGUAGGCUUGUAGUACGGAUAUCCAUACCUUAGCCUCUGUCUCCCCCCCAAAACUAUCUUCCUUACCCACGCUUAUUACCUGCCUAUCCAUCCACCGAUCCAUCAUCCUUCAUCAUCCACAUACCUUACUUUACAUCUCACCUACCCUUUUCCACGUCCACAUUUCCCAUCAAUCCGAGGCUUGGACACUUCCCGUGCAGAUCUCGCCUCUGCUUCUAGUUGCCGAUCACACUCGUCCAAUUACGGCUCCUUUUCUACCGACGCCUUUAGCACAGCAUUCCUCACCACCUAUUUUACUGUCUGUCGCUUUCUGCCCGACUCACUUUUGCUACGUCUUUGCCGGCACGAGACCGCCGCUAGCCUCGAUUCUGAUUGCCGCCCAAGUCCAAGCGCAAGGCUUCUUUUUUACCCUUUGCUCUAGCAUCGCCUGCUGUAGGAAUCAUCGACUAUUGAGCAUCUACCGACCCAGAGACUGUCGCACCAGCACACUCGCGCGAGAGACGCAUCUCUAGAUACGCCGACGCUUGCUAGCGGACCAUGCUUCACCCAUAAUCGCGUCGAUCUCUUCCUCUCUUCCCACCUUUCCCUGUCGACGACUCUGCAACGCCGAUCAUCGCCCCAGAAUCCACCAAAGAAUCCCCUCAAAACCUGCUUCAUUCGCUGCUACGUUCCAUUGCUGGACAGCAUCCCGAUUCAAACCUGCCACACUUUCUACAACUAGACGUUGAGGGUCCCCAAACACUCAACGCCUAGUACUCGCUGUAGCAAUCACGGCUAGCUCACGAAAGAACGAAGACCAAGACUUGGUCAUGGACGCCCUCAAGAACAUCGCCAACAAUGUCCCCGAUUGGCUCAAUCGUCUCGACGAGCUCGGGGACCAAAUAGACCAACGUCAAGUUGAGCUCGCUGCCCUUGGUGCAGACAGCUCGUCGCGAUCAAUCAAGAACCGCGGCUCAACCGAAUCACUCAAGCCAAAGGACGAACCCGCCAAUGCUAUCCCCCCAACAGACGACGAACUGAAUGCCGAGAAGGCCGACGCUCAACGACCCACUGGCACCAAGACGCCUCCCCAAGACGAACCGAAGAGCAACGAUCAACCUUCUAGCCCAAGCAGCGGCACGCCGUCUGCCCUCAAGAAACAAACCGAGCAAGCAAUGGCCCUGGCACAAGCUCGAGCUCGUGCUGUAGUAGAGAAGAGGCCCCGACCGAAUUCCGUCCUUUCAGUCGAGGAAGGCGCGCCGAUCAAGUACCGAUCACGAAAGCUGGUCAUGGUCUACUACGACAGCUACGUGCAGCUCUUUUUUGAAGAGCUAGUCAAAUUUGUGUCAGCUAGCCGCAACCUGAUGCGGAAGGCCAAGAUGGCAGCAAAGGUGGCACAGAUUCGUCGCUUGGCAGAACAAGAACUACCCGAAGACGAAGACGGCGAUAAGGCUGGCGAUCUCCAGCCAGAUACCAAUACCAGUGCCUCCGACGCGCUGCCGUCCCUGCGGUACAUGAGCACAAGGCGGAUGGGACCCGGCGGUCGGAGGGGUCCUUCAUUUAUGAGAGCCGGACAGGCCGGCGGUGGUGGAGCAAUGAUGGGUGAUGGGGCCCCGGAUGCCUACGACGAGCUGGACAAGUGUCUUGAAUACGUGCAAAAUCAGUGCGAGCACGCGGCACACCAGUUCCUGCGUGAUGGAGAGUGUUCAGAAGAAGUUGGCAAUAUUCAGCGUCGGUUGGCGGAGACAAAGGAGCUAGCCCUGAAGGAGAUGGAGCGAGUCCAGAAAGAAGAGCCCGAGCUGCUGAAGGCGGCCAGCGAGGCGAACAAGGUGCGGACUCUUCGACCAACGAGCAUGCGGCGGGAGCUCACGGCCGCCAAGGACAGCAACCCACCCAUCACACCUAGGAAGCUCGAGGUUGAUGCAAAAAUUGAGGCCGAUACCAAGACUCCAGUUGCCAAGACGAUCGAGGUGGACAUGUCGAAGCCACUUGAGGCAGACGAUGGGCCGAUUGAGGCCGACAACGACGAGGGCAUUGACGACAUGGAAAUCACCCUGCCGCCUCGGCUGAACUAUCGAUCUACGAGGGCGAUGCGUGGCUAGACGCCAUCAUCGGAUAUUGCAAUCCAUUUACAAAAGGCAUAUUUCUUUUUCUUUAUUUUAAUGAAUGAAACGGCCUCACCUGGGGAUGAGAGGAGCAUUGACUGGGGACCAACGAGAACCAAAACGGGGGGGGGGGGGGGAGGUGGUUGGUAGGCACGUGGACAGAAGAGGGUCAAAAGAUUUGCCGCCGAUGAUAUCAAAAAACAACAUGCAUAGCAUAGCGUCUGCUUCUUCACCAUCGCUCGAAUUGCAUAGGAGAUUGCUUGCGUCGUACAUAUUUGCACUGAGGAGGAAUCUUUCUGGAAAGAGAAAGAGACGGUGAGAGAAUUGGGUUUACUGUGAAGCACAAGGCGAGGGAAUUGCAUUUUAUUUUACUGUCUUUAAUAGUACGGAGAAGAAGGCCGGCCUUGAGUCAACCGUCUCGGGUACAGCAGCAAGGUCUCUGGUUGAUCUGCCGAGUCAAUCGAAAGGUUUUCUUGCAUCAUGAUUAUUUCUGCUUGUCGAGUCUGCGCCCUGUAUGCCAG